AUUUAGACCGCGGGUGCUUCGCUCGGGAUUCGCUGGCGCGGUGUUUGCGUUGUGGUCCCUGUUUUCACGUGUGAACUUCAGUAUUUUGACCCGAGGAAUGCUCGUGUGGUUUCGACUCUCGAGGCAAUGGCGUUCUCGCGUUGUUUUCCCCUGCGAGACAAAGCAUGCGAAGCGCUCACUUUCCGCAAACAUUUUCGUGCAAGCCACUUUUGCGUGUGUGGAUGAUCGUGCGCUACCUUAAACGCGCGUAUGUUAACAUUCGUCGAUUGUAAAUAGCCGCGAGCGUGCGACGUGUGUUACAGUGUUCGUAAAAAAAAGGUUAUCAGCUAAAUUGCGCGUCGUCGUGUGGCGAGAUUUUUAUCCAUUUGCAUGUCGUUAGGCCUACCUUGCCCGGGAUAUUUUCGCUUCGUGGCAACCAAGUAUUCGAGCCACCUAGCAGUCGUUCACCUUGCCCGUGCGUUAAGAAAGAAGGUCCGUUGCUGAUGCGUUAUUUUGGCAGGCAAAACAGCAAAAUGACUGUGAUCAGCAUCAUUGGUUGGUCAUGGCACAAUUGAAAAAAAAAAAGUGACCCGUCUCGGAGAGGAGACGCGCAAUGCUUGUUCCGUUAUGUCGUAAAUAACCUUUCCGCCGCAGCUGUGCAUUGAGCGAAAGUCGCGGCGUGGUGUAAAUAGGUGUGCAGUGCGUUCGUUAAUGCAAAAUGUUUCCUCGGCGUAGUGGCUAGUAAUCCGCUAGGAAAGAAUCUCAACCUGAAUUUGCAUUCACAUUUAGUGCUACAGGUGGGGCACGAAGGGCAGGAGCCUGGCUUGACGGGCCGAGGGGGCAAGCAUGCAGAUGGAGCAGUACCAGGUGGUGAGCUCGGUCGGGGCAAGCCCCUCGCAGGGGCAGCCUCUGGCUGUGGCUGCCACUGACCAACAGCAGCAGCAGCAGGUGGCUGUCAUGCAGUCCCUCUCGGGGACGCCCAUAGCCCAUGUCACUACUGCACAGCCACAGGUGCUCCAAGUCUCCCAAGGCAAUGGCCAGACUCAGCUGCUGCAAGCAGGCGGCCAGCAGAUCAUGGUGCAGACAUUGCCAAAUGGCCAGACUGCUGCCAUUCAGAUACAAGGCCAGCCAGGCCAGCAGAUACCACAGCUUCAAGUGAUCCCCAUCAGCCAGCUCCAGGGCCAGCAGGGCCAGCAGAUCAUUAUCCAGCAACCCCAGCAAGGCCAAAUUCUGCAAACAUCAGAUGGACAAACGCUCGUGUACCAGCCUGUCACAGUUGAUGGCACCAACUUUGUGCAGGGCCCUGGAGGCAUAAUUCAGAUUCCUCAGGGUGCGCCACAAAUGGUGCAGGCAGCACAGGCAACACCACAGACCAUAACCCUGCCAUCCUCUGUGGGCGGAGGAAACAUUGUCAUGUUCCAACAGGUGAUGCCCAACCAUAACGCCGUGGCGGCAGCUCAGGCAGCGAAUGCCGGGGCAGCAACGCUGCAGGCAGUACAACGCAUCCCGCUGCCAGGAGCCACCACGACCACCACGACCGCUCCUGCCGACGUAGUGGAAGAGGAGCCCCUGUAUGUCAAUGCCAAGCAGUACCAUCGCAUCCUAAAGCGACGCCAAGCCAGGGCACGACUCGAAGCCGAAGGACGCAUACCCAAGGAGCGGAGGAAGUACCUACACGAGUCGCGGCACCGGCACGCCAUGAACCGGAUCCGCGGCGAGGGUGGGCGAUUUCAUUCGGGUAGCUCGCGCAAGGAUCAUGGAGAGAACUCGCCUGGUGAUGCUGGCAGCAACCACAACUCCGUGGAUGGCUCCUCACAGCACGAUGACGUCUCUAACGGGCUUCACUCCCUUGAGGUACUCGAGAACCAAUCGUCAAAGUACACCUUCACUGUGCAGAAUGGUCUCAUCAACGUGAUGCCCUCAGAACUUAUGGUUGCGAGUGGAGAUUCAAACUGACAGCCGGUGACCAGCAGCAACCAUCAUCAAAACUUUGUCAUCAUCAUAAUCACCGUCAUCACUCAACCUUCGCAUCUGUACAAAGGACACCACACCUGGCAUUCAGAAUGCAUUGCAACCAUAUGUACAUAUCUCAAAAAGAAGCUACUGACAUUGUCGACGAAAGAAAGACAUUUGAUGCUGCCACGCGUGUGUUUGACACCUCGACAACUGCUUAUGAUAGUCUGCUUGGACUGUGCAUGGCGGUUGAUGAAAGUCUAGCAGUGCAAGUGCUCCUCCCGUUUCCCUCUGUGCCGAUCAUAGAACUAUACGUAAUGGUUUGUUCCUCAACAAUUUUAUAUUUUCUGAGAUAACUGUCGUGGAUUUGUUUUGUGUGUACAGCAUGCGGGGUUGCAGUAUACUGAAAACAUAUCAAUGCCAACACAUUAGUGGAAAUGUGUUUUUAGGUUAGAUUCCAAAUUUGUGAUUGCCGAUGAAGUGUAUUUGUGUGCUGUAAUUCAAGAACUGAAAAAUUACUUGCAAGGUCAGAAAAUGUACAAACAAUUAAAGUACUACUUUUCUUUUCUAUUGAACACGUGAACCUUUGCUCUGCCUGUUGCAAUUGUUUCGUGCUCUGAGCCUACAACUACUUUACGAUCACAUCAAUGAAGCACUAAAUCUAGUUGAAACGAUGGAAUUCUGCGCCAAGAGAGCUUGAAAGUUUCGUGUUGUGUGAAAUGCUGGGUAUUUUGGUACCACACUUACGCGCUAGCGCCAUUGCUGCCGAGUUAGACCUCGUUUGCUUACAAGUGUGAAAGUGUGCGACAGUAAACGUGCAUGUAUAAACUUCUCAAUAAGAAAGCAAGCAUGCUACAGUCUGGGUUUUGUUUUUAAUGAGUUGUUUGGAAAAGUCAAUGCGUGUCGUGCACACAUUUAUUGUUUGUGCUCUGAUAACAGCAGCAUUUUGUUUGCGCUGGCUAAAAUUAUUGCAAGUUCUACGGACAGGUUAGUAUGGUCCAUGUACCUUGUCUUUUCAGUGCUUGAUGUUGCCCUUUUAAGCAAAAGGCGCGAUGGGUAAAUGCCAUUGAGAGGAUGGAAACUGAAGUGUUGUCCUGUGUGAUUUGUUUUAGUAGUGAAAUAUAGGCCUGUGCCUAAUUCCAAGCAAGCAAGCACACGCUAAUGCAAGCUUUGUACAUAUACGCUGGGAAAUAGUUAAACAAGUGCCAGUAUGCUUUGUUUCUUUUUUUAUAUACAUAUAAUGAAAUGAGUUGAGAGGUGAGUUUUACACUGUUUCACAAGUGAAGAUAUACUUCAGCAAUGCCUGUCGUUUAAGUCACCUUGGUCAUUUGUUAAUGGCAUUGGCAAUUUAUUUUCCGGAAGAAAGGUUCCGGGAGUUGUUGAUGCCACAUGUUCACAUCACCAACAGAACUGGUACUUAAUGCAAUGAAAGGCCAUGCAAAUUGUACGUCUGCUGCAGUGUUUCAAAUGUCACCGUGGUCAUCUGUUUAUGGCAUUGGCAAUUUACAUUCUGGAGGAAAGCUUCCAGGUGUUGUUGAUACCACUCGUUCGCAUUAUCAACAGAACUGGUACUUAAUGCAAUGAAAUAGCAUGCAAAUUGUACAUCUCCUGAGGUGUUUCACACUGGUUUCAAUUAGAGCUGCUCAGCGAAAUUUGGCCAGCAUACGUAUUGCGUGGCUUUAGCCAUCACAUUGUGUUGUCUAGAGUUAAAUGCUAUGCCAACUAACAUAUGCACUUUUGUAGUUGUACGAAUGGAAAUAUGUUCCCUCUACUGAUCAUACGACGUGCAAGUUGUUCUUAAUUUUGUGUUGUACUGUUGCAGUAGCCUGAAAUGUGUGCUUGUUACAAUUAAAUUUCUUAUUGACGACUCCCAA